GUGCCAAUGUGUGCAAUAAUGGAUCAUAAAACAAGUGUUUUAAAACAACAUUUAGUAAGUCUUGGAUAUAAUCAAGAUUUACCAAGAGACGCUGUACCAUUAGUUGAUAAAAUUUUAUCAGAUUUAGUUCAUACAACCAAAAGUUUAAAACAUUAUAAACAACUUUGUGAACAACUAGAAAAGGAGUACAAUGACUUCCAAUAUGGCGUGGAACCCUAUAAAUGUGAUAAUGCAAAAUUAUUAAAUGAAAAUAAUAACUUAAAUUUACAAUUAAUGAAAGCUACUGAACAAAAUGACCAAAUUCAAAGAAAUUUCAAACAUCAAAUACGAAUAUUAGAGCAACAUUUAUCGAAAGCGAAAUCACAAGUUUGUAAAUUAGAAUGUGAAUUAAGUAGACGUCACAUGAAAAAAACUUCCAAUACAUCAGCAUUUAUAAAUAUGUCGUCCGGCCAAAGUCGUAACAUGACGAAAACGAAAUAUUGUACACGCGACUACUCAUGCCAAUGUGAGAAAUUACUCAAACAAACUGAAUUGGAAAUAGCGAAUCUCAAUACUGAGGUAACUCAACUCAAGGACGAUAAUCGUUUACAAUCGGAAAUGAUUGAAUCGUUUAAGGCGCAGUUAAGAAAUCGAGAUAAUGAAAUCGAACGAUUAAUGACACUUUUAAAAAAUGGACGACCAUAUCAGGCGUUAAGUAAGGAAUGUUGUUAUAAAGAUGUCGAUGAAAAAAUUUCAUUGUUAACAAAAAAAGUGACCGAUUUAGAAAAUGAAAAAAUUCAAUUGGAAUUGAAAUUAACAGAAGCAGUCAUGAAACAACAUGAUGCAAUGAAAAAUGCUGUAAAUUUAGCGGAGAAAAAUCAUCAAUUGGAAAAUGAAUUAAUGGAAAUUGAUCGAAUGGCUUUAGCUGUUGAAUCCGAUUGUAAUAAAGCUGUCCGGGAAAAUAAUGAAAAAAUGUUAAAUUUACAACGGCAAUUAAAUGAUGCUACAAAUAAAAUACGUGAGCUUGAGAAACAAAAUGAAAACCAUGAAAAGGAACAUAAGAAAAUGGAAAAUAAAAUUCAAUGUUUAUUAGAUGAAAAACAAUCUAUGUUGGAGAAAAUUAAUCACUUUGAUGUUAUAGAAUACGAUUUAAAUGCUGAAGUUGAUCGUUUAACCAAAAUAAUGGUUCAACAGAAACGUCAAAUUGAGAAUUUAGAAUCACAAUUAGAAAUUUCUAAAACAUCCCCAAUACGAACAGAACGUUGUAAAAAAACAUCAAUACCAAAGUUCUGUUAUCGUGAUUCUAAAUUAACGAGUCCAAAACAAUGCGGUCUUGAUCCGAACAAAGGCUGUGAUCAAUCAUCGAAAACCGAUUGUUGUACAGGAUGUCGUUGUAAGACUGAAGACGGCGAAUCUAUUAAAAAUUGUCUUCAUACAAUAAAUCGUCUUCAAACUGAACGUGAUUAUUAUUGGCGUGAAUAUGAACGUAUGCGUUCUAAUUGGGAAAAAAAUUCAACGAAUGAAAUGAAUUUAAUAGAAAUUCGAAGAAAAUUAAAUGAAAAAGAACAAACCAUACAAUCGUUACAAGAAGAUUUACGAGAUGUAUCAAGAAACAAACAUAAUUUAGAAAUGCAGUUACAUGAAAUUAAGGAUGCAGAUCGUUGGAUGGGACGCGUUAAAAAUAUUAAUAAAGCGGAUAUCAAAAAAUUGGAAUUAGAACGUGAUAUUGCAAUGGGAGAUUGCCGAAGAUUAGAAGAAGAACGAAAUGAUCUUCGAUGUAGAUUACAGAUGGCACAUGAUUUACAACAAGCCGACGCAAAACGUUACGAAGAAGUGAUACGUGAUCUAGAAUGUCGAUUACGACAACUGGAAGAUGAACGACAUAACAUGGUAUUAGAAACGGGUACACGUGGAGCAUGUAUUUCAAAAUUGGAAGAAAAAUUAUGCCAAUAUAAGAACGAUUAUAAAGCGAUGGAAUGUGAAUUAAUGCGCAUGAAACAAUGCUAUGCACAACAAAAGGCGUUACGUGAGCAAGCCGAAUCUCGUAUAAGUGAACUCGAAUGUACAAAUUGUCAAUUAGAAAAGAACUAUCAAGAAGCACUAUGUCGUAUCAAAAAUGUGGAGACGGAUAUUGAAUGCUUAAAGACGGAAAUCAUGAAUUUAACCACGGAAAAUCAAACUUUACAAUCGAAAGUUUGUAAACUAACUGAAGAAAACGAUUGUUUUAUGCAACGGUUAGAUAAUAAAACGGAAGAAGUUGAAUGUUUACGUGAUCAGCUACGUAAGAAGGACAAUUGUUUACAAAUACUAGAAGGACAACAACGUGUUUUACAAGAACAAUUAAAUGAUACUCUGGAUCAAUUACAAUCGAAUCAAGGUCUUAUCAAGUGCAUGGAAACCGAACUCAAUGAAUUGAAAUGUAGCGCGAGUGCAGCUGAAAAGAAUAAAGAUUGUUUAUUUGCUGAAAAUCGUCAAUUACAAUCGGAAUUAUCACAAAUAACUGGCGAUUUACAAUGUGUGAACAAAAACUAUGAACUAGCACAACAACAGAUUGAAGAUUUAAAACAACAAUUACAAGGUUACAUUUGUGAAGUGAGUCGAAUCGAAGACCUUCUAGAUCAAAAAGAAAAACAACGUGAUUCAAUGUUAGCAGAUUUUCGACAAUUGAGUGCAGAAGCAAACAUAUUAGAAAAUAAUAAUAGUUCUUUAGAAAAUGAAGCGUGCGUUGUGAAACAUGAACUACAAAAUGCAAAUGAAAAACUGUGUGAAUUAAAAGAUGCGCUGGAGCGUAAUGAAUGCUUAAUUAAAUCAUAUUGUCAACAGAUACAAACGUUAACCAGUAAUGUUGCACGAUUAGAAUGUGAGAUUGCUCAAAUAACGCAACAACGUGACAAUGCUGAAAAAUUAUGUGCAAAAUUAGAACGACAAAAUGAUGAGUUAAUUAAUGAGCUGGCUGAGAAAGAGGAUCAAAAAAGUCAGUGGGAGUGUGAACUGAAGCGAUGUAAACAAGAGUAUGAUAAUUUAAAAAUGCAAUUUUCUGAUAAAAUGGAUGAGAUUUGUCAACUAGAAGAUCAACUUUGUAAGGCACGUGACGAAAAUAAUUAUACUCGUAUGCUUAAAGAUGAACUUCAAAAUGAAGUGAACGAUUUAAAUAGAAUUGUCGAUCGAUUACAAUGCAAGUUAGAAGAAUGUCGUUGUAAUGUUGCAAAAUAUCGUACAAAAAUUAUCGAACUCCAAGAUGAUAUUGUGAAUUUAACAGCUGGCCAUCGUGGUCAUGGACAAGUUUGUGAUAGUGAUUGUUAAGUUUGAAUUGAUAAUGAUAACGUAGUCC